UUGAAGAAGAGAAGACCGACUUCUUCGUCUUCCUUACAACUUACGAAUCGCGACCAACUCCACCAGCUCCAAUUGUCUACCUCUUCUACUUCAAAACCCUUCUAUAUGUUCCCGGAAAACAUGGGGAUUCAUCUGAAUUUCAACACAGAUAGCUGAAGAUACCGCAAACAUAGCUCUUGACUACAAUCCUAGCAACAACAAAGGAUGAAACUGGGAAAGCAACAAGAACAUCAGCGUUCAACAACAUCAAUAAGAAGUAAGGCGGCCCAUUUUGUGUCUGAUCUUACCACCGUUCUUCUUAAUCCAAUAUCUGAUAAACCCUCAUCGAAUUUCUCUCCUCGUUCUGGCGAUGUGAGUAAUGAACCACGUAGAAACACACAACAAUGUAAUCAAGAAGAAGAUGUUCUAGUCUUGGCUGAUGGGCCAGAUACUUCCUCCUUCACCGCAUUUCUCUACUCAUUCUUAUCACCAGGAAGAUCAGAAAACGAGUCUGAAUAUUCAGAAUGCAACGACAACCAAGUGGUAACUAGAUACAGAAAUGACACAUCAUCCCCAAACGUUUCAAAAGAAAACAAUGGAAAGAAAGGUCUAUUCUCUAAGGGCAAACAGUCACUCGGCAAGGCUCUUUCACAAGCUGCUAGGUUUAGUGGGUAUCGAUCUCAUGCAUCUGGGAAAGUAAACAUUGAAUCAAAGAUUGAUGACAUGAAAGAAACAAGCUCUCAAUUUGACACUAAUGAUGGGGUUCCUGUACAAAAUGUGAUUGCAUCUUUUCCUUCUGAUAAACUUCCAAAAAUGUCAGAACCUUCACAACUUAUGACAGAAAAUACACGUUCUGAUCUUUAUGUUGCACUCCCUGUUCUCAGUCAAGGAAAGAAAUGGGUCUUACUAUACAGUACAUGGAGGCAUGGCAUAUGUCUUUCAAUCUUAUAUAGAAGAAGCAAUCUUUGCCCUGGGUUAAGUCUACUGGUAAUGUCUUGUCUUCAGUAACUAUGCAAAAUGUCAACUUUACCCUUUAACUGAAACUUGAUUAAACAUUUUCAUGUUGUUGGAGAUCGUAAAGGUGCAGUGUUUGGUGGUUUAGUUGAGGCACCUUUGAAACCAUCAACAAAGAAAAGAUACCAGGGAUCGAAUGAUACAUUUGUGUUUACAAAUACACCAGGGCGUCCUGUUAUAUAUCGCCCCACAGGGGUGAAUCGGUAUUUUACUCUUUGUUCAACUGAGUAUUUAGCGCUUGGUGGGGGAAAUCAUUUUGCAUUGUAUCUCGAUAGUGACUUAUUGAAUGGGUCAAGUUUGGCCUCAGAAACUUAUGGUAACUCUUGUUUGUCACACACCCAAUAAUUUGAAGUGAAGGAAAUU